AGGGGCGCGGCGCGGGAGACUGGCGGGUCUGGGCGGCGGGAGGCUCAGUGGACCGGAGCCCGGUGUUCGUGUCGUCACAAGGCGGUGGCGGCGGCGGCGACGGCGGCGACCGCGACCGCCCCUGCUGAGAGCGGAGCAGGCGGCCUAGCCACCUAGUAAUCGGUCUUCUCCCGGCGUCUUGUCUGCACAGAGAGCACCAUGUCCGCGGAAGUCCCCGAGGCAGCGUCGGCGGAGGAGCAGAAGGAAAUGGAAGAUAAAGUGACUAGUCCAGAGAAAGCUGAAGAAGCAAAAUUAAAAGCAAGGUAUCCUCACCUGGGACAAAAGCCUGGUGGUUCCGACUUUUUAAGAAAACGAUUGCAGAAAGGGCAAAAAUAUUUUGAUUCUGGGGAUUACAACAUGGCAAAAGCAAAGAUGAAGAACAAGCAGCUUCCCGCUGCAGCCCCAGAUAAGACAGAGGUCACUGGUGACCACAUCCCCACUCCACAGGACCUUCCUCAGCGGAAACCAUCCCUGGUUGCUAGCAAGCUGGCUGGCUGAUUAAAAGAGCUGAACUGCAUGAGUCUUCUAAUGCCCAUUAUUUCUCCUUACUCCAUUACUUACCCGCUUUCUGUUUCCUUUCACUCACUACGUCAUUUGAGACUGACAGCUUUGCAGGUAGUGGUAGUGUGCUGCUGUUGUAAGGGAACAUACUUGUGUAGAGGUUUUGAUUAGUUUUAACAGUGCACUGUUGCAAAGGACAUGUUACAACAAAAUAAGUAAUCUACAUGAAAAUAAUUGUAUAUAUUACCUAACUCGGUUGUAGGACCAGUUCCAACAAGUAGCAAGCAAGUUUUACAAUUUUAAUGUUUUGGCUUUCCUUCCUUCAUCAUAAUCAGAGCUUUGUAUGUUACUCUUAUUUAAUAUGACCUCUGUUGUAUUGAUUUCUUCUGUAUUUUCCUUUUGGAUUUUGUAUAACAGAAGUUUAAGACCACAAGUUGGAAGAAAAAUCACACAAUUCAAACACAAGUAGAUGGGCUCCAAAAGAUUCAAAUAAUUGCUUGAACUUGAAUGGCCUUAAACCUGUUUCAGCUUUAACAAUAGCAUUUAACUUGGGCAAUAUUUGCCCAUUCUGGUGUAACUUGUGUAACUUCAGUGCUUAAUAGCUGUCAUUGAAGCUAAUGCUCUUCCUCAGUUCUGCAGUGUUGGGACACCUUCCUUUGUUGAAGAUGUGAAUGGAAUGUGCAUGUGCAUUGACCAUUGCAUUCACUUUUGUGCCAUUUUUGUAAAUACAGUAGUUUUGCACAACCUUUUAAAAUGUCUCUUAAUUUCAGCAUACUAGAAAGUAGAUCAUGUGCCAACCAGAAGCACAAGACUUCCUACACAAAUCUCUGUAUGCCAUUACUGCUUUUGUAUAAGAAUAGUUUAUAAUCUUGAGGUUAUCAAAAUAUCAAAUGGAAAUCUUUACUCAGCCUGCUAUACAAUUAAGCUUUUUCAUUUGUUACUAAUAGUCAUAACUUUCAGUGGCCUUGUAUAAAUAUGAUAUGUUGCUUAGGCAUAUCUUUUGUUCUAUGCAGAGCAUUUCAUUUUGACUUCAACAAAAAAAAUUUGCAAUUCAUAUAAUUUACACAAACUUUCUCCAUGUAGAAACUUUUUACUUCUAAACUCAACUUUGGGCACACUAAAGUAAAAGGUGUUUGUAUUCUUCUGCCUUCUAUUUUCUUCCCAACCCCCACCUUCUCUUUGCUUCUGUGACUUGUGCGUAUUGGGCUGUUGUGUUUAUAUAUGAAAACAUGUCUAUCUUUACUCUUUAACCUUACUUAAAUAAAAGGAUUUUUAUGAGGUUUUUUUCGUAAUACUGAGGAUCAAACCCACUGUCUCACACAUCCUAAUAAGCAAGUACUCUACCACUGCACUACACCCUUAUCCCUAAGGGAACUUUAUGAUGAAACAAGUAGUUCAAAAGACUGGUCCAGGAAAUUAUUUCAGGGUGAAUAAUCAGGAUGAACUAAAAGAAUUAGGCUUAUAACAAUUUCAGUUAUUUGCAUGCUAGCUAAAACAUUAAAAAUAUUUAAGUAUUUUCUUCUCUAAAGGUCAUUUUAAUAAAAGCGUCCAUUUAAUUUUCAUUGUGGCUUAGCAAGAACAUUAGCAAACUUUAAUAUAAAGAUAAGCGUAUCGUUCUCUUCAAGCUCUUCACCUGGUUAUAAGGCUGUAUCAUAAUGGGGGUCAGCAGUCUGAGCUGAUUCUGUUUUUUACGUCUCAUCUUGGGCUGGGACAGGGCCUCCCCUCUUUUGGAUCUAGGCAUCAUUUUGUGUGUUGGCUCCAUUUGUGUACCUGCUUUCCUGUAGUUCCACAUCAUAGAUGGUGCCUUGAACAUGAUAGCACCCACACUAGUGAUCAGUCCUGCUCCACCCACACUGGAAGCAGAAAAGCAACACAGUACUGUGCGCAAUGAUAAUUUUAUAAUUCAAUUAUAUGUAAAUACAUAUGUGGUGAGCCAAGUAUGUUAUUCUGCAGUAUGUAUAUAUAACUCAUAGGAUUGAUACCUAGUUUUUUUUUCCCCAUGGAUAUUUGUAAGCCAUCACCAUUAAAUUCAAACAUCAGACAAGAUUAAUCAGAGAUCAGAGUGACCGUGUUGUUCCUGACCACCACAGGACUCCUCUAGUUUAUGGCAAGUGACAUAACAGCUGCUUGAGUUUUAAUUUGUAAAACAGAACACUGAUACUCUACCUCAACACUUGAGGACCUGUGAAAUACUAAGUGCCCAAAAUAAAAUAUUGCUGUCUUUAUCAAGAGUAAAUUUCCUCACUAAACCAACCUGCCUUCUAUAAAGUAGCAGUACUUAAAUAAAAUCUCAGGAUCGUCCAGGAAAAAUACCUGUUAUUACAGAUUUGUAGGUAAUACUUUGCAUAGCCUCCAUUAUUGGUGCUUGAAAGGUUUUUAAUUUUUCUAUUGUUUGCCUGAAAGCUCAGUUUGUUGACAUUUUCACAAGCUCUUUGCUCAUCGUAACUUAAGAUUUUGAUGAGAUGAACCUAAUUGUCCAUUUCUGUUUCACAGUUAUGUGUGAGGAAUGGCUAAUUUUAAUAUUUGAGUAAAGUUGGAGAUAAAAAUACUAAGUUAAAACUGGCUGAAGCUAAAAUGGCCUGUUUUGUGUUUAGUAACUCCUACUUUUGGUAGUUCCAAGGGGCAUUUCCUCACAGGCUGCGUUUGACAGUUACAACCCUUAGCUAGUUGGAGUAGUAGUAUUUCGGUGAAUUGAGGGAGCAUGUUUGUACUCUACAAGUUCCAUAAUCGUGCUGCUGCUCUUAAAAUAGGUCUUAACUUUCUAAGGCAGUCAUAAGGCCUCUCUAUUUGUCACUUCAGCCAUUAGAAUUAGUUGCUCUUUUUACUUGAUGUAACCAAAGUAUACCUCUGAAUAUUCACUGAUGGUCAUGACUUAAGUCAGACUUGUAUUCUUAUUUGAAUAUUACAGUCUUAUCAAAGCUGAAGUAGCAAAUCCGAACCGUGCUCUCAACUUGGUGUUUGGUGGUCAUAAGCACAUGGCCUAUAGGAACAGCAGUUAGUCUUGAGUGGUUACCAAAGCCCUUCUGUGUCGGCCUCAAUUCUUCUACAUUCACAUAUAACUUGUAUCUCACUUUCCUCACCAUACCCAUCCAUGAAGCCCACUUAGGCACUUACUAAACCAUAUUUAGGGCUGGUGAAUUGUGUUUAAUAUCCUUUUCAACAUACCACAACUUGGGGCAUUUUGCAUUUCUAAAGCACUGUCUUGAUCUGGGUAAAUGAGCUGCUAUCCCCAUUCUGACUCAGCAUACACUGCCAGUCUCACUUGGAUCUUUUUCCCCGACUUACCACUGCAUCUAUUGAAAGUGGGGAUCAAAGGAACAUCUAGAGAGAAAAACAAUUUGAUACUUUACUAGUUUGGACCUUCUAAGUAGGCAGACCUGUGGAUUUCACUCUAUAGGUUACUGGUGGUGGUGAUAGCCAUUCACAUAUGUUUGUAUUAUGUUAUUGACCAACUAAAUAGUUAAAAGAAUCAUCUUACUCCUUAAGUACCUUACCCUCAAAUGUGUUACUGCACCUCUACUGUUUGUUAGGCAGUAGGACACUGCCUGUAUUCAAAGGGCCAACAUAAAUGCCUUUUUGUUAAAAGAUGUCUGUAGGGUUGGCAGUUAAUGCUGAAAUUUGUCAAAUAGCCCUUCCAAAAUUAUACUUGUAAAAUAUCCAAAAAAUAAAUUUACCUAAUUUUUAUUGAUUUUAA